CCAAUAUAGGGCGUCUUCUAGUGUCAUGGCGUCAAUUGCGUUUUCUGAGGGUAAUCGGGACAGAGGAAGGCUUGCUAGGCCUCAUUUUAUGGAUUCUAUUUACUAUCCUGCUUCAGAAAAAACCUGGGAAACCUCAGGACACGCAAUGAGAAUGAAACUAAACAAAGUAAAACAGUGAAAGUGAUACAGCACUUCAAAACAAGCUAAUAGGAAAUCAACCAUUGCUACCAUAAUGCCUCUUGUUACCUUCAAAAUUGCUGCCCAUACCAUCAGACAUAGUAAAAUCAAACAAAACAGAACAGAAUAAAACCAAUUAAAAUGAAACAUUGAAUAAAACAAAAAUAAUAAAAUGGAGCAAGAAAAAAUGAGACCAAUAUUUGAUUUAAAAAACAAGCCAGAAGAAAAUCUCCCACAGUUCCUGUUGCACAUUGUUAUCCUCUAAAUAGAUGUGCAGACUGCCAGCUUUAAGCCUGCAAAGUCAGUCAAACAGUGCAGUGACCUUUGAGGAUGUGGCUGUGAACUUUACCAGUGAGGAGUGGGCUUUGCUGAAUCCAUCCCAAAAGGAGCUCUACAGAGAUGUGAUGGGGGAAACCUUUAGGAACAUGGCUGCUAUAGGAAUAGCUGGGGACAACCAGGAAAUUGGAAAAAAAUACAAAAAUUAUUGGAGAUGUUUAAGAAAUGAAGAUUUAGAGAAAUGCUGUCAACAUACAUCUUGGAAUCAAUAUAAAGAAAUAUUCCUUUCUACUCCAGAUGCUAAAGAGGAUGCAAAAGAAACAGAUACACACAAUGAUGCUCAGAGCCAUGAAAGAAAUCACACUGGAGGGGAGGCCUAUGUAUGUAAGCAAAGUGGGAAAGCUUUCAAGUGGCAGUGUAAUUGUGUAAGGCAUCAAAGAACUCACUCUGGGGAGAAAUGCUAUGCAUGUAAGCAAUGUGGGAAAUCCUUCAGAAGGUAUAGUAUGUGUAAAACACAUGAAAGAAUUCACACAGUGGAGAAAUCCUAUGUAUGUAAGCAAUGUGGGAAACCGUUCACUACAUACACAUCUUGUCAGAAACAUGAUAGGAUCCACACCGUGGAGAAACCAUAUGUAUGUAAGCAGUGUGGGAAAGGUUUCAACACAUGUGGAAAUUGUCAAGUACAUGAAAGAAUUCACACCGGAAAGAAACCUUAUGUAUGUAAGCAAUGUGGGAAAGCUUUCACUACACAUGGAAAUUGUCAGAUACAUGAGAAACUUCACACAGAUGAGAGACACUAUUUAUGUAGUCAUUGUGGGAAACCUUUCAGGACACAUGCUGAUUGUCAAAGACAUGAGAGGACACACACAGGGGUGAAACCCUUUAUAUGUAAGCAAUGUGGAAAAGCUUUUAGGUGGCCCAGUGAUUGUGAAAGACAUAAAAGAAUUCACACUGGGGAGAAGCUCUGUGUAUGUAAGCACUGUGGGAAAGGUUUCAGCAGGUACGGUGAAUGUAAAAUACAUGAAAGAAAUCACACAGGGGAGAAAUAUAUUUGUAUGCAGUGUGGGAAAGCUUUCACUUCAAACAGGUCUCGUCAGAGACAUGAAAGAAUUCACACUGGGGAGAAACAUUAUGUAUGUAAGCACUGUGGGAAGGCUUUCUCCACACAGGGAUCUUGUCAAAUACAUGAAAGAAUUCACACUGGAGAGAAACCGUAUGUAUGUAAGCACUGUGGGAAAGCUUUCUCCACUUGCUAUUCUUGUCGAAAUCAUGAAAGACGUCACACUGGGGAGAAACCAUAUGUAUGUAAACAAUGUGGAAAAGGUUUCAGCACAAACACUGAUUGUCGAAGACAUGAAAGAACUCACAGUCAAAAAUCCUAUGUAUGUAAGCAGUGUGGGCAAGCUUUUAUGAGUUACAGUGAAUAUAAAACACAUGAAAGAACACACACAGUGGAGAAACCCUAUGUGUGUCAGCAAUGUGGGAAAGCUUUCAGUAGGCACAGUGAAUGUAAAAUACAUGAAAGACGUCACACUGGGGAGAAACCAUAUGUUUGUCAGCAAUGUGGGAAAGCUUUCAGCACAAACACUGAGUGUCGAAGACAUGAAAGAACUCACACUCGGGAGAAAUCCUGUGUACGUAAGCAGUGUGGGGAAGAUUUUAUGAGUUACAGUAAAUGUAUCGCGGGUGAAGGAACACACACAGUGGAGAAACCAUAUGUAUGUCAGCAGUGUGGGAAAGCUUUUACUACACAGAGAUCUUGUCAACAACAUGAACGAUUUCAUACUGGGGAGAAACCUUAUGUAUGUAAGCAAUGUGGCAAAGCUUUUACCACACGUGGAAAUUGUCAACAACAUGAAAGAAUUCACUCUGGAGAGAAACCCUUUGUAUGUAAGCAUUGUGGCAAAGAUUUUACCACACGUGGAUCUUGUCAAAUACAUGAAAGAAUUCACACUGGGGAAAAACCAUAUGUAUGUAAGCAUUGUGAAAAAGCUUUCAGCACACGUGCAUAUUGUCAAAUGCAUGAAAGAAUUCAUACUGGGGAAAAGCCAUAUGUAUGUAAGCAAUGUGGGAAAGCUUUUAUCACAAAAUAUCAUUGUCAAGCACAUGAAAGAGUUCACACUGGUGAGAAGCCCUAUGUGUGUAAGCAGUGUGGGAAAGCUUUCACCACAAAGGGAUCUUCUCAGAUACAUGAAAGACUUCAUACUGGGGAGAAACCCUAUGUAUGUAAGCAAUGUGGGAAAGCUUUUUCCACACAAGGAUAUUGUCAAAUACAUGAAAGACUUCACACUGGGGUGAAGCCCUAUGUAUGUAAACAAUGUGGGAAAGCUUUCAGUAGGCAUACUCAAUGUAAAAUUCAUGAAAGAGUUCACAUAGGUGUUAUUCCUGUAUAUGUAAGCAAUGUAGAAAAAUUUUCACCAGGCACAGUGAAUGUAACAUACAUAAAUCAACUUCCAUGGGUGGAAAAUCUAUGUAUGUAAGUAAUAUGGGAAAACAAUCAUGACAUGAGGAUUUCAAAUAAAUGAAAGUUUUCACACUAGGAAAAAAGCUUAUGUAUGUGAGCCAUGUGGAAAGGCUUUCACCAGGUAUAGUCAACAUAAAGUAUGUGAAAGAACUCAUACAGGGAAGAAACUAUGUAAACAUUUUGGCAAAGCUUUCACUAUAUGCAGAUCUUGUUAAAUACAUGGCAAAAUUCACACUGGGGAGGUGACGUGUGUAAGCUGUGCUGGAAUGUUCAGCAGGCACGGUGAAUGUAAAGUACAUGAAACAGCAAAUGGUGUGGUUUGAUGUAUGUAAGCAGUGUGGGAAUACCUUCAGCACACAUGAUGAUUGUCACAUACAUAAAGGAACUUACUGUGCAGAAAUCCUAUAUAGAUAAGCAAUAUGGGAAAGAUGCCAGUCAGCAUACAUUGUUAAAUAAAUGAAGGAAGCCUCACUGGGAAGAAAGUGUGUAUAUCUAAACCUGUUUUGAAAAUUCUUUAAAAAUUUCUCACGUAGUAGAGACCUGAAGAAAUAAUUAAUAGAAAAAUUUGAUGUCAAUUAUUAUUUACUAACUUUCCAGAAAAUACUAAUCCCAAAGAACAUAGAUUUGUGUGGUUCUCAGUAAAUCACCAUAUAUACCUAGAUUAUGUAUCUGUAGAGUUUGAUGCAAAAAUACCAAACUAACAUAAUUUUGUAUUUUUGAGUGUCUCUGCUUAAUGCAUAUUGAAACAUGGUGAACUAAAAUGUGCCUUUCACUUUAGGUACAGUUAGUGUCUACAUAGUUGGUGUUCUGUCUUUAAAACAUAUAUAUACUGCACUAAAACUACUUAGUUAUUAUUGUUUUCUGUUAAUUGUUGGGAUAUGACUACUAUGUGUUUUUUUUUUUUGUUUGUUUGUUUGUUUGUUGUUUUUUAUCUGUACUGGGGAUCGAACUCACAACUGCCUGCUUGCAAGGCAGGAGCUUAUGCCACUGAGCUAAAUCCCCAGCCCCUAUGACUACUGUGUUUUAAAAUUUUGGUACAUACACUCUAUGUUUGGUAUAAAAAAAAUAAACAAUUCUGAGUUUGAUGUUACAUUUCAUAUUAAAAUAUAUGUUUUUAGAGGCUUGUGAACAUGUGUUUUUGACAAAGUUCAGUUGUUUUUCACACAAAAUUGUCAAUUAGCAAAUAUUAUACUUCUCUGUUGUGACAGGUUACCUACUUAUAUACUAACAUCAUUGUAUAUUAUAUCAUGUACAGAAUGUUGAAUGAUUUCCUUAUGAAAGCCAAUAUCAUCCUUUAAAAUCAUUUUUGUUCUCUUGCUAUCUAAAUUUUUGCUGUGAUGUUUAUAUUCCAAUGAAUUUAACCUGGUGUUAAGUUUUCCACCACAUAUACCAAAAAUAAACUGCUGUGAAUUUCUGACUCCCCCUGAUCAGCAGAACCAUAACUUCUCUCCAAAAGCGUAUAAUGAGUUAUAGUGAUAUCUCCCAAAAGUAAAUGGUGGUAUCAUUUAUCAGUAACCAGAGUUUGAAAGGAACUUAUGUCAGCUAUGGAGUUGUUUUGGGGAGCAUGGUUGCUAUUGACUGUAUGAGGCAAAUGCCUUUAUUCUGUCCCCUGAUGCUGUGGUCUCACUGUGUCUUUGGUAAUCCUUAUUGUUUUUACCUAAUACUCUGAACUAACAGUGUGCAGGAACACCUUACUCAUGUGAGGUGAUAAUCACUUUUGUAAAAGGGAAUUUAUUAAGUUAUAAUUCAGAUUGUUUUUUCUUUUAUCAAUAUUUGAGACAAAUAUGUACAAUGACAUUCCUCAUUGUUUAUAAGGACCACUGCCUUAUGUUUGCAGUAUGUGCCAAUUGCCUUAAAAAAUAUAUAUCCUGCCUUGUCCUUGAUAAUAUGCACCUGAGGGAGGCUGAUACUCUCAAUAGUCAGCUCUGAGUAAACAGCAUUUACCCCUUCAAAAAUAGAAAUAAAAAUUCAGUAAGCCAAAGUGUGUGCAUACAUCCCAAUUGGUCUCAUCAGACUGUAAGUUUUACUCUUUUUAACAGAGCUACAAUUUGUGACAUAUUUAAUAUAGUAGUCUUGAAUACAAAAGCUUACUUACAUUGUGAUGACAUUAUUUUGUUACACACCUAUGGUAUAAUGAAAACAUACAUGAGCACUGCAUUAAGUAUCCUUAAUCCAGUGAGUAUAGCUUGUCCUAUUCAUAAUUAUCCUUAGAUACAUAAAUUGCACAUCAGUUGGUUAAUAUCACCUAAAAUUAUGUAUUUUGUAUCUGAAAUAUCUGAUAUAAUUCAUGGAACCAAAGAGACUGUAUUCAUCCGGGGUUCAGCUUAGCAGCAAAAGUCGCUGCCUGGCAAGUGCAAGGUAUGAGUUUAAUUCCUGCUACAAAGCGCACACACACACACUGUACAGUGUCAAUCUUUACACCCUACAACAUAUGGCUAACUUCCUAGCUGCAUAUUUCUGCUUAGUAGUGUUUAUUAAUGUUCCAGCUAUUAGUAGGACAUUCAAACAACAAGACAUUUACCCUGAGUACAGUGACUUUCUCAUUUUACCAUGAAGGUGAGUCGUGCUGGUCCUGCUGGUUUGUGUUUGUAAUCCUAACAACUCAGAAGACUUAAGUGGAUAAAGAAAAAGUUGAGGCUGGGUCUUAUAUUAAAAUAUAUCUUCAAGUUUGGCAGACCUAGCCUGGUGCUUUAGUAGUCCUAGGUUUACUUUGCAGUAUCAAAAUUAUUUUAAUGGUAACUAUUCUGUAUCAGUAGUUCUUUUCCCACUUUGCCUUCUAACAACCCCAAGCUUCACUUGAGAAGCACAUUUGUUUUAUGUUCUGUCAUUUAAACCAGUUGCUUCUUAUAUUGAAUACAUUUGAUAAAAUUGUGGGUUUUUUAUAGCUCCUGUUAUACUAUUUUAUUUUCAAAAAUAUCCUGUAGUUAAAUAAUUGGACUGUGUUGAUCAGUGUGUAUAGGUCUAAGUCAAAUGUGACCUUUAGUUCCAGCAUCAGCAGAAGUUGAGACAGGGUGAUCAAGGUUUUGAAGUUUACUUUGGGGGAACUUACCUAGAUGCCUCAGCAAACUAUGAAGCAGUUGUCUCUGUGACUGCAUGUGAAGUUUAAGGAAAGAAACAAGUUGAGGUCCAGAAUAUAAACACAGGAUACAAUGAAAAGAUCACUAUUGCAAAUCACUAUGAUUUGGUUGUUCGGGAAACAUACUUUGGUAAUAUUUGUGCAGCUGUCACGUAUAUGUCUUGUUAAAGUAGAACAUAAAAUAAAUGAGCCAGGAAUUUCAAGUUCUGGAUGCAGAUAUUAAAAAAUGUUUUCUCAAUGCUGUUGCUCGUGCUUUGUGUAGCAAGUAAGAUAGAAUAACACAGCAAAUGAAAAAGAUUGUAUAACAUUUUAAAAUGUCUGCACAAAAAUGAGGGCAAUACUAAAAUGAAGAAUAACCUAUGGAAUGGGAAAAAUCUUGCCUAGAACUCUUGGGGAUCUAACAUCAAAAAAAGAAAAAAACAGUGAAAUGGCUACUUCUCAGAAUAAAUACUAAUUUCCCAUAACUACCUAAAAAGCUAUUGAACAUUUUUACCAAAUACAGAAGUGCAAAUUAGAACAUCAUCUCAUUCCACAUAGGGCACAUCACCACAAACUGAAAAGACUGUCCAAGAGGCUGGAGGGGAGAGGGGACAUUUCAACAUCAUAAGUGGUAAUGUAAGUAGUUGAACCAAUACUGAAGUCAGGGUUCAAAAUAUCAAGAACACUGAGUAGUCAUUCUGUUCAGUGUAGUGCUUCUUAUAAGCAUCUUUCCCACAAUGUCGCAGACAUAUUUCAGUGCCCCAAGCAUACACCUGUUUAAUAUAGGAAUACUCACUUUCUGUGGGGCAGCAGCAGUUAGCACUGUUCGAUCAGCCACCAGAUACAAGAUAUAAACAAUAAAUAUGCUUCUCUACUCCAUUUAGUAAAUUAUAUGUGAUAUUUUAUUGUGAGAUGGGCUCACUGUUUAAGAUUUUUCUACUCUUCUAUGGGUCAAUAUAAGCAUAAGUAUGUGUAUGUAGCAAGUGUAUCGCUGUUGUGUUCACUAGACCUGGUACAUUAAAUGCAUGUUUAUAUAAUUUGUACUCUUUUGGUUGCUGAAUUUUUUUAAAUUUUAAAGAUCAUAAAUCCCACGAAAUAGAACACAACAAAACCAAUCAAAACAAAGCAACAAAAUUGGUACAGAACUUCAAAGUAGGACAGUAGGAAUAAAACAAUAGCUACCAUAGUACAUCUUGUUAUCUUCACAAUAGUUGCCCAUUUCAUCAGCUAUAGCAAGAUCACACCAAAAACAAAACAGAAUAAAACCAAUCAAAACUGACUACUGAAAUAUUUACACUCUGUACCUCAAGGAACAUCUGUAACCACUUCACCUUUAUUAAGGUAGUGACCUGUAUAACACAACCUUACUACAUUCUCUCCUGGGUUAAAUGCUGUUAUUCAGUGUAAUUCAGUGAAGCAUAUGUAUGCACAUGUAUGUAAUAGUUUCUUUUCUUACAGUCCUUAAGAAAGAUUUUUUAAAUUUUCUUGUAUAUUCAGAGAGUAAUGUCUCUAUAAUGGGUUGUAUAAGUACUUAAAAGUGGGGACCACUGAGUGCUCAAAUGAAGCUAGAAGCUUAAGGACAAGAAGCAAUAAAAAAAAAAAAAACAGCUCAAGAGGAAAGAAUUUGAACUCCCAUUGAAAAAUGUCUAAUAAAGAUCUGUGCUCAAAGACUGAA